AUGUGGUCUUCCACUUUCACCCUCCUCACUCUCCUAGGUAGCACACUGGCUCUUCCUCAACCCAAGAUUUCAUCUAUUCGUAGACCAGGAUGGAGACCUAAUCGACGAGAUUUACAUACAGAUUCAACCGACACUUCCUCUUCCCCACCUACCACCACCGCACCAAAAGACAAUAUCUGGAAUGUGUUGAGUAACGAUGAAGCAGCCGACGUAAUAUCUUUCCUUCAUUCCAAAGAUGAUCUCAAUCUUACCUCGGUCGAUGAUGCUGGUUCUUGGGACAAUACAAUCAUGGUCAUUGAUCUUCUAGCACCGAACAAAACAGAUGCUUUAGAUUAUUUGGAUAAGAAUGGUACAAUGCCUGAAAGAUGGGCUAUUGCAAGUCUACUUUUCGGUGCUACUGAAGAACCUUAUGCUCAAGAUUGGGUAGUUGGACCAAUCCCCAUAACAAACGAUUCAUCUUAUUACCCUUAUACUUUCGGUACUCAUACACCUGAAGCUAAAAUUAGAGUAUAUGAUAUGGAUAGUCAUUCGUGA